UGUAGUGACACCCGCGUACGGCAUUAGGAUUCCUUUACAGAAACUAAACCGUGCAACUUUCAAGCAUGCCAGCAACAACAGCUCCAAGUGAUCAUCUUAACAUCAACGAACUGCCGAGUGAGCUGCUCGAAAACAUCUUGGACUACCUGCCGUUGAGUGACCGAAAAAGGGCCUCCCUUGUAUGUCAACUGUGGUGCAAUCUAGCUAUGUCUCAACGAGCGAUGAAAAAUGUGGCACUAAGGAUCGGUUCGGACUCGCUGAUGUAUAACGCUAAGCUUCUGCAGAAUAGCUGGCGGCCUUACAGAGUGCUGCAAAUUUAUCUGACUCAUCGCCUGUCGAUUGAAAAUGAUGACACGAAUAUUUUGGCAGUAUUGAACAAAUUCGGUCCCACCUUGGAGGAGUUCAGUUUAAACGCUAGUUGCACAACCAACGUUAUGGCGAAAAUAUUAUGGAAACUGCCGCAGCUUAGGACGCUCGAUAUAUUUAUUUGCGAUUGGUUUAAAAGUGUCGAAAAACAUCAUUUUCCUAUACUACAAAAUUUACACACUUUACGAUUAAUCAACGGUGGGUUUGGCGACCUAGAGAUCGAUAUAGUACAGUGGGCACCAAACGCGCGUAACCUACAAUUGAACGCAUCAAUAUAUACAGAUGAAGAACGUUGGUUUCAUGCAUUGGACAGCUACAAACCUCAUUUGAAAUCGCUAAACAUCAGUUAUAGAACAUGGCAUAAAAUUCCUUUAAAUCGCUUAACACUACCACAGCUUGAAAAACUAGAGAUCGAUCACUAUACAUACGGAGACUUACUUGGACUCACGAAUGUAUUUCCUACCAGUGCACCAGUCUUAACCACGAUUAGGUUAAACUUUAAAAUUACGCACCAAAUACUUCACACGAUUAGUGAACGUUGGCCUCACUUGCAGGAGUUGAUGUUUAUUUUACCCGAUGUUAGUGACAAUAAUAUGCUGCGCCCUUUGGAAGAAUUCAAACAUCUUAGAAAACUACAUAUUCAGGGUUUCGUCACUGCCAAUAUAUUAGAACAAUUAAAAGCACUGCCCACUGUCCAAGAGUUUGUGCUUUCCCUUGAACCGACCGUGGAUGCAAUCGGAUUGGCCUAUAACUUGAGUUUGUUGCUACCAAAUGUACAAACACUUAAUAUCAGUGAUAUUGGGCAGCAUGGUAAUGAAUUUUUGCGAGGGAUAUGUGAGUAUUUUACAUCUUUACGGCGUCUAGACGUGAAUAAUCUGGCUCACAAUGACGAAUACAACAUGGAUGCCUUCAAUCGACUCGGACUUUUAAUACACCUGGAGGAACUUAGUUUACAACGUAUGAAAAUAAGGCUUGGUGCUCUACCGCCAAAUAAUCUAAGACGACUGAAGUUAUCGCGCGUAGUGCUGCUAGAUAUGCGGAUAUCUUCGAAUUUGGCGAAUAUCUUCCCAAAACUACAAUUUCUGGGAAUAACUGGAAUUUUACAAAGACAUAUCGAACCAAUACGGCAACAAUUCGUAGGUUGUGUAAUCCAUUGCGAAUGAUGAUGAUGGUAAUAAUGAUCUCGAUUCGUAUAUCUAUUAGGUGUGUGACUAUGUUCUUGCGUUUUACUAUUAAAAAU